GAGUAAAUGGACUGAGUUACUUGUUGCUAUGGCAACAAGUGUUUGAAACUAGGCUUGAGAUAGUGGACUGCCUGAAUUUGCGUGUGAACUGCUGUGCUAGCUCCUCAAAACGAAAGAAACACUGCCCGUCUCUUCGCGUUAUUUUCGCAGUAUAUACGAUGCCACCAAAAAGCAAGGGCACAAGUAAAAAGCCUGCAAAGCCUGCAAAGCCAAAGACGCCUACACUGAUAGAUGGCCUUACCAAGGAGGAGCUGUCCAAGGAUCAGAUGAUAGAGUACAUUGUGCGUCUUCGAGAGGAGCUGGAUAGAGAGAGGGAGGAGAGAAACUAUUUUCAGUUGGAGAGGGACAAGAUCCACACCUUUUGGGAAAUCACAGAGAGACAACUGGUGGAGGUCAAGACUGAACUGAAAAUCUUAGAUAAGGACAUGAAUGAGGAUGAGGGGCGCCACCAAGCAGAGAUCAAGGUGUAUAAGCAGAAGAUGAAGCACCUCCUGUGUGAACACCAGAACACAAUCUCUGAGUUGAAAGCAGAUGGUUUAGUCUCCAGUGAGGCAGUGCAGAAAGAGCAAAAUCAGCUGGAGACUGAGCUUCGUAACAACAUGAGGGACAUCAUGGUGGACAUGCAAGAGCUUGACAUUGAAAAUCUUGUCGAGGAGCUUGAAUUGAAACACAAAGAAGAAAUGACUGAAACAAGGAACAACCUGGAGGAGCAGUUCACAGAAAUAAAAGCCAAAUAUGAGAUAAAGAUGAAGCUGCAGCAACAAGAGUUGGACAACAUGAGGAAAAAUGAGAUCAGUGCGAGAGAAGAUUACUGGAACGAGCACAUCAAUGGUCUUAUAGAAGACCACAACAAAGCUCUCAGUGAUGCUAAAGUGCUCACUGAUUGCAUACACCAGGAUAUGGACGUGAGCAUCGCACUGAAGGAACUGAUUAAGGAAAUGAAGGCAAAAGAGGCAGAGGAGGAAAAGAAACUGAAGUCUGUUAUGGAGGACAACAAAAGCUUUACUGAACGUCUUUUAAAAGUCAAGAAGGAAAUGGCUGAAACAGAGAAGAAGAUAAAGAACUACGUAGGAAGAAAGGAUAAUAAUUUAAAGCUCAAAGAAAAGGAGCUGAAAGAUAAGAAAUUGGAUUAUGAGACACUGGAAGAGAAAUUCAGCAAGCUUCAGCUGGAAAGAGACGAGCUGUACAAUACCUACACUGAGAAUAUUCAGAAGGUGCAGGAUAAAGCGGGUCUGAAGAGCAUGCAGCUGGAAAAGAAGCUGGGAGCCCUGACAGGCAGCCUGGAGAAGACACAGGCUCAGCUCUGCUCAGUGCUUUCUGCCUCUAACAUGGACCAAACUGCCCUCAGCGGGCUCACCAGCAAAGUGACGGAAGAACUUGAGUCCUGUAAUAAUACCAUCAAGAACUUAGAGUAUAAAAAAGCUCAGAUUUCCAAGGCCCGUAAUGAUUUGCUGCUGACCUAUGAAGGGAAACUAAGGGCUCUUGGUGUCCCAGUGGAGGAGCUUGAUGCAAAGCCCUUUGAGAGCAGUCCUGCUGGGAAAAGUCCAGGACAGGACCUGGAUCCUGAUAUUGCCACAAAAUGAGAAGCAGGAAUCUGACAUGAUUUUCAUUUGAUACAAAAGUUGUUCAGUAACACUAAAUAUUUUCUCUUAUCUCACAGUUAUGACCGGGCAUCAUGAAAACAACAGCCGGCAAGUUUAGACUUAAAAGUCCAUCAGACGCUUGAUGGUUCAUGCUGCCCUCCAAAGGCAAAGAUAAGUAACUACAGGAACAUUUAAGUUUAUAAAAAGGCUUAAAUUUUUAUAGCUGACCAGCAAACUGUAACAGACUAAAAAAUAGUUGACAGGCUUUUAUUUAUACAUUUUUAGGUAAAUUAUUUUUUUUAUGAAAAAAUGAUUGCUAUUGAUAUAAAUGUAAGAGGUUUACCACUUACAGCCAUCAGUGAAAACACAGUAUAGACUAAAUGUAUUUCAGCUUUCUGGUCCAUUUGAAGUAGUUUAACAAAAGCCUUACUUGGUGGAUUACUAUGUUUUUAACCAUUUAGUAAAUUAUCUAUCUAUCUAUCUAAUCUAUCUAAUCUAUCUGUCUGUCUGUAUCUAUAUAGAAAGAUUUAUAUUAAAAUUCAUAUAAUAAAUGAAUCUAGAAUUAAAAUGUUUUAAAUGUGUUUAUCUCACGAAUUCCACUUUUUUGACCUCUGUUUUAUUUUUAUAAAUCCCUCAGUAAUAACAAUAUAUUUAAAUUCUUGCUGCACUUCUUGCUGCACAAAGGCAUAUUCAGGAGUUGGUGCACUGUAGGGUGCUACUGUAAAAGUUUACUGCUUAAAUUGACAGAUAACAGCUAAGGUGUUAUUAACCUAAUGUAAAUAUGUUUGCUCAUUUUAUGUUAAUUCAGCUUGUUUUUAUUUUCAGACCACUUUUGAACUUAUAAAUACAUGUUAUAAAUACAUGUCUGCUUGACGUUUUGCAACUUAAAUUAAGAUGAAUGAAUGAACUGCUGAGGGUUCACUGAGUUCAUUAAAUUAGGUUUUCAAAGAAACACUAGUUGACUUCCAAGCAUGCAUUGUUGGAGAGUUAACACCCUUCUUUUCAUCUGUGGAAGAAGUACUCAGAUUGUUUACUUGAGUAAAAUACUGUUACAAGUAAAAGUCUUUCAUUCAAAAUGUUG